AUGUCAGGUAAACGUCUAUUAGACGCCAUCCAAUUCCUCAAUGUCUCCGGAACUGUAGCUGCAAAACACCUCUCCAUCCGCCAACACCAGCUGGAUGUCUACACACGCACUUCCUCCCUGACAAAGGGCAUAAAAGCCCAAACAGAGGGCCUAAUCCUGACCGCACAAGCCGCCGCCGCUCUCGCGCGCCGAUUCGACGAACCUUCGCCACCGACCGACUCGGCCAACUCCCACACUCCCCCGUCCGCCGAUCUAGCCACUUCGCCGUCGACUUCGGCCAAUGCCUCCACUACUACCACCACCACCACCAAUGCCGCUGGUGUAACAUCCACGUCGCCACACCCGGAUCAAGCUCGCAAACUACAACGCCAGGCCGAGUCGCAAAUCCCGGCUCAGACGGCACACUAUGUCGGCGAUGAGAAACCUGCUUCGUUGAAUGUCAGUCAGCAGCAGGAUGUUUUUUACAAGCCCUCUAGUUCGUCGGCGCCUGAUUUGUCGAGCUUGCCGAGGGUGAAGGUGCCCAAGGUUGUGGGUGGUGAGCAGGUUGUUGGGGAUGGGUUGAACGCGGAUGUUUUCCACUCGCCGGUGCCUGCUGGGGAGGAGACCAAAAAGGUUGAGGGCGGGGAGGAGAUGUCCGAGGAGAUGUUACAGGGCUUGUUCCACAGCCCGCGUGUUUCUCGGAUGAUGUCUGGCAAGCCUGCGCCGAAGAGGGAAUGGAAUGGGCCUGCGGAAGCUAAGCCUGUGAAUAGGAAAUCUGAGGCGCAGAAGCUAGAGGAGCUGGCUGCUAGUGUUGCUGAGGAUGUCGUGCCCAGUGCUGAGACUGUCAAGGCUCCCACGUACCAGAUGUUGGAGUCGCGUGUGCCUUCUUCUCGCUUGGGUCGGUUAUGGCAGUAUGGUGGUCUGGCUACUUCGAUGGCUUUUGGUGCUGUCGGAGAAGGUUUCCGACGCGCUACUGGUAGUGAUGACAGUGGGUCGAUCAUGUUCAGUGCCGGUAAUAUGGAACGCAUGGUUGCAAAACUGUCUAAGAUGCGCGGUGCAGCUCUCAAGCUGGGACAGAUGCUAAGCAUUCAAGACUCCAACAUGCUCCCCGAACCAAUUCAACAAGUCCUGCAGCGUGUUCAGGACCGCGCAGAUUACAUGCCCGCCUGGCAACGCGACAAGGUGCUGACUGAUAACCUUGGUCCUAAUUGGCGCGACCUCUUCACCACGUUCAACGAGGUCCCUAUGGCCGCCGCCUCAAUCGGCCAAGUCCAUUCCGCCGUCCUGGCCAGCACCGGCGAACCCGUUGCCGUCAAAGUGCAAUACCCAGGUGUAGCCGACUCAAUCGACUCGGACCUAAAUAACCUCUCCAUUCUCCUAACAGCCUCCCGCCUCCUCCCCAAAGGCCUCUACCUAGACAAGACAAUCGCCAAUGCCCGCACCGAACUCGCCUGGGAAUGUGACUACAUCCGCGAAGCCGAAGGCGCCGCCAAAUUCCGCCUCCUCCUCGCCGACGACCCUGUCUUUGUGGUCCCCGAAACAAUCCCAUCCGCCUCGGGAAAACAAGUCCUCACAAUGGAAAUGCUAAACGGCGUAGCCGUAACCAAAAUCCAAGACUUUACCCAAUCCCAACGCGACUGGAUUGGCACACAAAUCAUGCGCCUGUGCCUCCGCGAAAUCGCCGAAUUCCACUAUAUGCAAACCGACCCUAACUGGACAAACUUCCUCUACAACGCCUCCACAAACAAACUCGAACUGCUCGACUUCGGCGCCUCCCGCGCCUACCCAGAAAAGUUCAUCUCAACCUACGUCCGCACCCUCGUCGCUGCAACUCGCAACGAUAAGCAAACCUGCCACGACCUCUCGAUCGAAUUGGGUUACCUCACCGGAAUGGAAUCACCCGCCAUGGUCGAUGCGCAUAUCUCAUCUAUGACGACCCUCGCGGAACCGUUUAUGCUUUCUUCGCCUGAUCUGUAUGAUUUCAGUAAUCAGACCAUCACAGACCGUGUGCGUGCGCUUAUUCCGACGAUGAUCAAGGAGCGGUUGGCGCCGCCGCCUGAGGAAACGUACUCGCUGCAUCGGAAGUUGAGUGGAGCUUUCUUGCUUUGUGCGAGAUUGGGUAGUUCGGUGCCUUGCAAGCAGUUGUUUAUUGAUGCUGUUGCUGCGGCGGAAAAGAAGGGGUUGAAGGUUUAG